AUGGCUUUUCCACAGCCUAACGCUCAAAGAGAACUUGCAAAUCGGAAAAUUUUAGAAGAAUUACAGAUAAAGAAACAGUUACUCCUCAAACAAGGUGUAGCCUCUACUUUAAGCUCCACAGCACUCCCAGUUUUAGGAUCAACAACUCAAACAUCAGACGGACAUUCUAUCAAUUCGCUUCAAAGAACAGCUUUACAAACUGCGAAUGCUCAAUCAACUGGGUAUUUUAUUACUCAAGAUUCUUCAUUUGGCAAUUUAAUACUACCAGUGUUGCCCCGCUUUGAAGCGAAGCCCUAA